AUGUGGGCGCGCGCGGCACGGGUGCUGCGGCGUGUGGCGCUGUUAGUGCCGCUGCUGCUGACAGCAGUGGCCCUUCUACUGCUGCCGCGCCCGCCCCCCUUUAGCGCUACGAGGAUGCCGUCACAACCACCACCGCUGCCCAUUGUGAAAGAAGAAAUGCACUUACAAAAUUCAAUAACAGAAAAUGAGGUACUUUUUAAUGAAGAAAGUGACGAGGUUUCAAAACGACCAUGGUUUUUAUCUGGAGGUGAACAGCGGCCUUGGCGCCACGACCCACUCGCUAAACUCUUCCCCGAGGACGCUCCAGGUGACGAUAGAAUCGUUGAGCAAUUAAUGUAUACGUUACCCAAAAAUGAUGUGCCUAUUAAGAAAAUCCUACUGGCAAAUGGGUACGGGACAUGGGGCGUAUCAGCAGGUAGAACGGAAUUCAUACGAAACAAAUGCCCCGUUGAUCGGUGCACGUUGACAGCGGACACAAGGGAGGCUGGAAAUGCCGAUGCUAUACUCUAUAAAGAUCAUCACACACCAUUCAAUGUGAAAAGGCCACUAAAUCAGAUUUGGAUACUAUAUUACUUAGAAUGUCCGUACCACACGGCGUCUCUUCGCCCUACAUCCUUAGACGUAUUUAAUUGGACAGCGACAUAUCGUCGGGAUUCGGACAUAGUGGCACCUUACGAAAGAUGGGUAUACCAUGAUCAGUUGAACAUGGAGAAAGAACCGGAAAGAAAUUACGCUGCCAAUAAAACUAAAAAGGUAGCAUGGUUUGUGUCGAAUUGUCACGCUAGAAAUCGUCGCUUACAGUAUGCUAGACAGCUAUCGAAAUUCAUCCCAGUUGAUAUUUAUGGCGCUUGUGGAUCCCACCACUGCCCACGCGCAGACCCAAAUUGCUUAGAGAUGUUGGAUAAGGAAUACAAGUUCUAUUUAGCCUUUGAAAAUUCAAAUUGCAGGGAUUAUGUCACAGAAAAGUUUUUUGUGAACGGUCUUCAGCACGAUGUGCUACCUAUAGUGAUGGGCGCGCGGCCAGCAGAGUAUGCCGCGGUGGCGCCACAUAAUUCUUACAUUCACGUUGAAGAAUUCGCUGGUCCAGAGGAAUUAGCUGCUUAUUUACGUCGGUUGGAUGAAGAUGAUAUCCUAUACAAUUCAUAUUUUAAGUGGAAGGGCACAGGUGAGUUCAUAAACACAUAUUUCUUCUGCCGCGUGUGUGCGAUGGUGCACGCCAAUGCGCAACGACAGCGCAGCGCGCACUACACUGAUGUGCAGGCGUGGUGGCGCGACGCCGCCUGCACGCGCGGCGACUGGCGCGCCUCGCGCGACGUGCGUAGCGUCCACGAUACGCCA